AUGGCCAGUUCUGGACAAGCCGGAAAUGCCCAACCCGAGAACGCGGCCGUGGCCCUAAUGGACGACGUGCCAAGGCCAUGGAGGUCUACUCUCAAGCAUCUAUCCAGAGGAGAUGAAACGCUCUCAAAGGCAGACCUCUUCUCGUGUCUAACUUUCUUCGAGAGGCCCGAGAGCUGGAUCUUUUUCAUCGUCGACAAGGGAGCUACUCCGCCCCCUGUAAUUAAUCUGCAGUUGUACCGGCAUGUUGUCUUCAUCAUCAUGCUGGAGCACUGGGUUGUUGUCCAUGUGGACCUCAUCGACAUGGAGGCGGGUUAUCUGGACCCCAGGAGCUCCGACAGAUCCAACCAUCCCAUCCGUCUCAGACACAUGUUGGUGCGCUGGCUGGAAAAGCAUCUUGACCAUGGUGAUAUCCACAAAACACUCAAUUUUUUCCAAAAGCCCCGUCAGUCGGUUAAGUAA